ACCAAUAACUUCUUGGAUAUCUCUAGGUCCUUUCUCUCUCUCUCUCUCUCUUCAAAAAAAUUUCAACCUUUGUUCUCGUCCAGAGAAAAUCCAUGCGUUCAAGGUUGACGGUAAGGAUCGUCAAAUCUUGAACAAAAAAGGUUGUCUCCGGCGUGUGGAUACACCACUAACCGGAACCAACCCUUUAUAGAUCAAUGGCGACGACAAUGAAGGGUCUUCUUAAGGGCCUUCGUUAUAUUACUCAGAUUUUUGACGAAGAGAAAGAGCAGGAAAUGCAGAUCGGGUUUCCGACCGAUGUAAAGCAUGUUGCCCAUAUUGGCUCCGACGGUCCAGCCACCAAUACGCCAAGCUGGAUGAAUGACUUCAAACCUCAAGAACAUGAGAAAGGUCAAGUCGUUUCCAGGGGAAAUUCAAACAAAUACAACCCGCAAGGGAUGAACCAAGGUGGAGUCGGGCUAAAAGAGUUACUGCCUUCGAGCACCAACGAGAAACCGAAACAUAAAACAAGACGGAAAGCCGGAGGAGCAGCUAGUCCAAACCCGAAUGGGUCUCCACCUAGAAGAAGCAGCGGAAAUGCUGCAUCAUCAGAUGAAUCAUCGAAGCAUUCAAGACAUCACCGAAGCAAACACGGGUCAAUAGACUCAUCAAAUGAUCAAGAACCUUCAGUUCGUAGAAGGCGUGGCGGUAUCCCAGACACAGAAGUUUCUAAUCAUCAUCCUGAUGGGUCAGCUCCUCCACGGAAGGCUACAUCGCGUCCAAGGAAACUAAAAGGAUCAGCAGGAGGAGAAGCAUCGAUGAAGAAAUCAUCGAAAGGAAAACCCGAGAAUUCAGUUGAUACUUGUAACGAUAAUAUCUGAGCAACAUAAAACGAAAACAUGAAAU